AAGGCGGGAGGGCCCCGCUGCCGUGGGCGAAGCGGCGGGGGAGAGGACCGGGGGGAGAGGACGCUGCUCCCGGCGGAGGAAGGAAGGAAGGGGCUGCCUUGGCGGAGAGAGGCGGUCGGAAACCAUGCCUUUUCUGGGCCAGGACUGGCGAUCUCCAGGAUGGAGAUGGAUUAAAACGGAAGAUGGCUGGAAGCGAAGUGACCCUUGCAGCUCGGAAUUUGAGGACGAAGGCAAUCCACUUAAUGACAUCAACCAUGCUAUCCUCUUGAACAGCGAUGAAGAAAUAUGCAGCACCGAGUGUGAAUUUGCAAGCAAGAAAAGGAAAAAGGAUCACUUUAGGAACACUGCAAAAUCUCAGUGUUUUUAUCGUGAAAACUGGAUAUAUGUUCAUAAAGAAAGCACCCGUGAAAGGCAUGGCUAUUGCACUUUGGGAGAAGCGUUCAAUCGCUUGGAUUUUUCAAGUGCAAUUCAGGACAUCCGGAGGUUCAAUUACGUAGUUAAACUUCUGCAGUUAAUAGCCAAGUCCCAGUUGACAUCCUUGAGUGGUGCAGCUCAAAAGAACUACUUCAACAUUUUGGAUAAAAUUGUUCAAAAAGUUUUGGAAGACCAGUAUAACCCACGUCUGAUUAAAGAUCUUCUUCAGGACCUGAGUUCCACCCUCUGCAUAUUGAUCAGGAGUGUAGGGAAAUCAGUGCUGGUAGGAAACAUCAAUAUUUGGAUUUGCCGAUUGGAAACUAUCCUUAUGUGGCAGCAGCAGCUCAGUAAUCUUCAGAUGACCAAGCACAUCAACAAUGGACUUACACUUAGCGAUCUUCCUUUACAUAUGCUGAACAACAUCUUACAUAGAUUUUCAGAUGGAUGGGAUAUCAUUACUUUAGGACAAGUGACUCCAACAUUAUAUAUGCUCAGUGAAGAUAGGCAGUUAUGGAAAAAGCUGUGCCAAUACCAUUUUGCUGAAAAACAAUUUUGUAGGCAUCUUAUUUUGUCAGAAAAAGGUCAUAUUGACUGGAAGCUGAUGUAUUUUGCACUUCAGAAAUGUUAUCCCAUAAAGGAACAAUAUGGAGACACCUUGCAAUUUUGUCGUCACUGCAGUAUUCUAUUCUGGAAGGACUACCAACUUGCUUUGUUAUUCAAGGACACGGGUCACCCUUGCACAGCCAAUGACCCCACCGGGUGCUUCACACCAGUCUCCCCGCAGCACUUCAUAGACCUCUUCAAAUUUUAACUGCAACCCGGGGCCGAGGCCGAGGCGUUUUUUGUAAAAGGUUUGCAGCACCAGGCAGUCUGUGAAUGGGGGUUUCGUGUGUGUGUGUGUGUGUGUGUGUUCUCCUGAUGUGUUUCGAGUGUAAUCAGGGUCAAAUAGAAGAGUUGCUGGAACUUCCAUUAAAACCUUCAAUUUCUCAGGAGGAAGAAAAGAGAAAGACAAUUCACUUAGGAAGGGAAGAUAUACCAGAGAGAGAGAGAGGUUUCUGUGAAAGUAAUAAUUGGAAUCGGGCUCUCUGGCUGAUAGCCAGCAACACAUUCAUGUUUUUCUUUGAGUUUCGGUGAGACGUUUGGAGUUCAGUUGUUACUGGAAUGAAGAAACUGAUGAGUUUCUUUUUACUUGUCCAAUUCUAAAUAUACCCAGUUGGUACAUCCUGUAAAUACUCCCAUGAUACUCUUAGGGUUUCUAUGUAUAUAUCAUGUUGAUUGUGAGCAUUAAACAAGGGCAAAAUGUCCUGUGUAUCAGUUGUGCAGCAAAGCCAGCAAUUCCGUAUUGUAAAUACGUUCAGCACAGUAUUUAUUUUCUUAAAAUACCUUCCAUUAAUUCCACCCCAUCUGCCUGUCUCCUAAAUAAUGUGAGCUGUUGGUAUCCUGGCUGCUGAGCCAAGACACUGUUUUCUAGAUGUCAUCCAAUGAAGUGUGUUGAGUGAGCGGUGUAUGUGUUUCCCCAGUCUUCUCACUGAUGUCUCCUCAAGUCUUAACCGCUUUGAGCAAAAUAGGUGAUCACGGCUGGGCUUUGAGAGAAUGGGACUUGGUUUGAAGAGCGCUGUUGAAGCUUUGCUGUGAACAUCUUGGCUAGCUUCUCUGAAGUGGAAGAUAAUCUGAAUGCCGUCAUGGCUACUCUGAGAAUGGGAUUGGUAGGAGAAGCGAAAGGCAAAUUUUCAAGCACUUCCAGUGUUUAGAAACUCUUAAACCACCAUUUCCAUGUUCCAUGGAUUUAUGUUAUGUACCACCACGUGUAUUGAAUCUAAGUUUCUACCUGAAUAAAUAAUUUCAUCUUCUAA